AUGAACACAAGAGAAAGAAAAUAUAAUAAAUCUUCAUCUUGUAAGCAGGUGAUAAGGAAUAUUGAUAUUUAUGCAAAGCCUGUACAGUUAACAUACAAGGGAAGCGAGAAAUUUAAAAGUACAUUCGGUGGCCUCGUAUCACUUGGAGUGAUUUGCUUCUUUCUAUCAGUAUUUAUCUAUAAAAUGAACGAUAUGUUUUUGAAAACAUAGACAUAGAUUAAGAAAAACACAUUGGUAAGCAUUUCAAACUAAUACACACCGCCAGAAGUAAUAUCAGAUAAAAAUAUAACUUUUGCAUUCAUGCUUUCUGACUUUUAUGGCUCAGGUGCCUAUGACAAUCCUUAUUAUGGGGACUUAUUUUUGACAUAGAAUGUAAUAAAUAUAAAAAUCAACCAAAGCAAUGGUGAAUCUUAUAGAGAAUUCCUAGACUAUAGCAUCCCUUUCUCGAAAUGUUAAAUAGGGAAAAAUUUUUUUUACCCAGAUCCAAGUGAAAUAAAAAAUUACAAUAUAGAGAGUUUCUACUGUCCUGAUUGGCUUAAUUUGACCAUUUAAGGAAAUUGGUACUCCCCUGAGUACAAGGUAGUUACAUUAGGAUUUAGAAGAUGCUAGGGAAAGAACUGCUCUACUGAAGAUGAGUUUAGAUAAUGGAUAAAAAAGAUUACAAUGCAAGAAAUAAUUAUUUCAUCUUAUUUUGAUGUAUCAGACUAUGAGAAUCCAGUUCAUUACUUUUUAGACGAUCUCUAUUUGCCAUUCCAGUACAAUCGAAGCAUCGUCAGUAACAAUUAUAUUAGAAGAAACAAGCUUGAACUCCAUGAUGAUCUCUUCGGGAUAUUCAAUAACCAAAAAGAUAUAACAUUUUAUCAAAAGAGUGAACGACUAUACUUUACCUCUGAUGUUAACGAGGGACCUGGAGAAGGCAUAAUGUUUUUUUAAAGUUUUUAUUUGGACAAAAACUAUGAUAUAUACGAAAGAAGAGUUUACUCCUUUUCAGGUGUACUCCAAGACAUAGGAGGUAUAUAUAAUACUUUAUUUUUUGCUGGGUUGAUUAUUUAUGGUCGGUUUUAGGGAUCAAUUUACUUUUCUUCAAUAAUUAGUAAAUUAUACUAAGUUGAAGAGGUAAGAAAAAAGCCAAAGAAGAAGAAGAAUGAUAAAGAUGAAGAGAGUGGUGAAUUUAAUGACUAAAGCGGUGAAAUCGAGCCAGAAGAUAAUCUUAUGAAUAGAUUUGGAAAUGGGUUUAAAUCAGGAAUAUUUAGUAAAAGAGGUAGUUUUUUAAGUGGAUUUAGUAAACUUCAUGAAAUUUCUUUGGGAAUAAAAGAAUUGUUUUUAAAAGACAUUAGAGAAAAGAAUUUUUCUUCUAAAGCUUAUGAUUCUAUGAAAGAUUACAUGAAAAACAGAUGGAGAGUUAAAAUAAACUUCCGAGACAUUUUCGUGUUUUCUUUUUGGAAAAUUUUUGGAUUCUUAAGAUGUAAUCGUCGUAGAGAUUCAGAUACUAUCAAUGAAAGAAAAAUUCAUCUUUACAAAAAGGGUGAAGAAAAAAUAAAAAAAGAAUUGGACUGUGUCAACUUGAUGACUAAGCUCCGAUAGUUAGAUCUUUUAAUUUCCCUUGAGUUGAAUAAAUCUCAGAAAUUCUUGCUAAACCUCUAAAAACGGCAUCUUAUUCAAGAAGUAGAAACAUCAUCUGAUGAAGAUGGUAUGAAUUUAGUAGAAGUCAGCAAAUUUGAUAAAAAGAAUUAAAAUGACUAAACUCACAAAUAAUUCAUGAAUGUCUUGGCCCAUAACCUAGAUAAGAUACAGAGGAAAUCAAAGCUUACAGAAAUAGAUAAGAAGAUUUUGUUCGGUUUAAUUACUAAAAAUCCUCAUAAAUAUGUAGAAAAUCAUGGAUUUAGAUAGUCCAUUAAAAAAGUUGAGACUGCAAAAUAAUAGGUUAAAAUCAAGUUUGAGCCUUUAGAAACAGACAUCUAUUCUUAAAAGCCAAGAAUUAUUCCAGAUACCCCUAAAAUUUAAUCAUCUUCGAAAAGGCAUCUGCUCAAGAAUGAGGAUGAUUCUAAAUUUGUUGACUAGUUUGAGCAUUCGCAACAGUAACAAUUUGCAAUUAAUGGCUCUUAGGUUAGCCAACUUUAUGACGUACUGAAAAACAUCAAACUAAAUAGCAGCGUUGGAAAAGGAAGUCCCAAAACAGAUCUAAAAGUUAAAGAAAAGAAAAAGCCAAGAAAGCAACUUACUUCUAAAUCUUAAAGGGGCAAAAAUGAUGUGAUGGCUUUUGAUAAAUAAAGUAUAGUCAAAAUUUGA